UUGCUGCAUGAUGGGGGAGCCUUCUUUCAAAUGUGCCACAGAUCCAAAUGAAAGGAGGAUUAUUCUAGUCGGGAAGACCGGAGCGGGGAAGAGUGCUGCGGGAAACACCAUCCUGGGGAAAAAAGCUUUCGCCUCAAAACUGUCUCCAUCUUCACUGACAUCUGAAUGCCAGAAAGCAAAGGGGACGGUUGGAGGUCGAAAGGUCGCUGUCGUCGACACUCCGGGGCUGUUUGACACUAAAUUCACCAAAGAAGAAGUGUUGAAGAGGAUCAUGAUGUGCAUCUCUCUGUCUGCUCCUGGUCCUCACGCCUUCCUGAUAGUUCUUCAGCUGGGCAGAUUCACCGAGGAGGAGAAGGAAACCGUGAAGAUGAUUCAGACCACUUUUGGUGAGGAGGCAGCUAAAUACACAGUGGUGUUGUUCACACACGGAGAACAGCUGGAAGACGAAACCAUUGAAAGCUACAUUUCAAAGAGUUCUGACCUGGAAGCCAUCGUUCAGCAGUGCAACAAUCGAUACCAUGUCUUUAACAACAAAGUCAAAGACCCUGAACAAGCCAGACAGCUCCUGGUCAAAAUCGACCAGAUGAUUGCGGAUAACGGUCAAAGCUACUACACCAACGAAAUGUUCAGGAGAGCAGAGGAAGCCAUAGAGGAGGAGAAACAGCGACUCCUGAAGGAGAUGGAAGAAAAGAUGCAGAGAGAGAUGAAUAAAGAGAGAGCCAAUAGGGAUGAGCUGUACAAGAGAUUUGUGAAUGAAGCAAGAGAGAAAGCAGAAAGAUUGAAUAAGUUUGUUGCUGCAUCAGUAUAUGGUGCUACUAUUGGAGGUUGUGUAGGAGGUCCAGCUGGAGCAGCUGUUGGAGCAGCUGUUGGAGCUGUUGUGGGUACUUUGGCAGCGAAAAUCUCAGAGCGUUGCCAUGUUCAAUAAGAACAGUACAACAUACAGUUAAAAGACAUGUUUAUAUUUUAUUGUUUUCCAGGCAAAAUAUAGUAAUCUACUCUAAUGUAAUCUGCAUUUGCUUCCUAGAAAACUCUUUGCAUGAAUAAUUACACUAAUAAUCACUUUAUUAAGUGAUUAUUAGAAUUAUUAUACUAAUUAUAAUUGAAAUAUGUUCCUGAAAUAGGUAGAGCUACUCAGCUUGUGUUGUGCUGCGUCUUUAACAAUGUCUUGACUGUACAAUAUUUGUCUAAUCUAAUAAAAAUCAUUAAUGAACCUA